CGGGUGACGGAGAGAAGUGGCUAUGGCAGCAAGUCUUUUAGUAGUGCUUUCUGUGGUGCUAUCGGUGACAGGCUUCCCAGAGGACACCUUUAGGGAUGCUCUUCAAUUCAAUCCAAGAGGACGAAACACGAGAGGGACUGACUUUUUAGUUGCAUUCAUACCAAACUCUCCAGUUCUCUUUUCGCAGCCUCAAUACAAGCUUCUCAUCAGCACUGUAGAGUCUACUCCAGUUACAUUU